UAUGGUCCUUUAUUCCCCCAUUCACAAUGGUACAAGACAUUUUUCUAUAUAUUUUCUCAGAGCUAUACACGCAUUCUAGUCGCUUUCACAUGGCUCGCAGAUUUGGGACCCCACAAUCCGUGUUCUUCUUCUUCUUCUUCGAGUCCUGAGCUUUAGCUUCAGCAACGCAGAGGCGUAUUUUCAAAACAGAGUCAUAGGAAGGAAGCGAUUUUCAUUUAUGUACUAUUGGAAAAAAGAACGAAUUCGAGGAGUUCGUUGGGUUAUUCGAUGAUUCGAUGGGGAUUUACUUGAUGUUUUGAAGUCUGAUCACAUCGCGUCUUCUUUUCGAGUCAAUUCGUUGGUCCUGUCAUAUACUUCGAUUGAGAAUUUUGAAAGUCGGUGAUGCUUUCUGGUAUCUGCAUGCUUCGGACAUUGCUGUGAUUGGCUUAGAUUAUAUGGAUUGAAGUUGAUGAACUUUCCAAUAGAAAUUUGAUCUCCCUUGAUUGUUCUUGAUGUUGGUUGAGCUUUGAUUCCACGGCGAUCUUUUUGGUUUGGUUCGGGUUUUGCUUCAACGUGUGUUGUGAUCUGGGUUUCGGUCUGAAGCGAGUUCAGCGAAACUGAAACGUUUGGGUUUCUGUGAAAUUCGAUAUAGCUUGUUGUGGGAGUUCAGACAUUGGUUUCGGUUGGUAGAGUUUGGUACAAGCAGCUUUCAUCUUCAUGUGAGGUUUUUCAACUUAGGUUUAGGCGUUUUAGCUUCAGGCCUAAAUUUUGCACUUGAGUUUGAUUUUUGAAAUUUUCAACUCUGGUGUGUGUUGUAUGUGAGAGUGACGUCAGAGUUUCCAGAAAGAACGCCAUUGUUGAGUAUUAUUAUUGCUUACGAUGUCGGUGGCGUCACCGUCUCCGGCGGCAGCCACCGCCCCACCACCACCACCAACACCCUCGACCAAUAGUAGUGCACCGCCGCCUGCCACCACUCCGCCACCACAAUCGUCUUCACCCGCACCACCAGGCAAUUCCCCUUCGCCGCCGCCUUCGGCACCUCCGCCAUCAUCAGCACCGCCUCCGGUGACUCCGUCUGCACCUCCUCCCACUGUCCGGUCGCCCCCGCCAGCACAGUCACCGCCACCUCAGGCAUCGACACCCCCUCCGUCUGUCACUCCACCGCCAUUGUCUCCUCCUCCACAAUCUGUUGCCCCUGCGUCACGACCACCACCUCCGCCUAAUGCUACGCCGCCUACUUCUCCUGUACGUUCCCCCUCACCACCACCACAGUCAACGUCUCCACCGGUGAGUUCUCCUCCGCCAGCAAAUUCAUCCCAAUCACCGCCAUCUAACCCAUCUCCGGUGCCUUCGCCGUCUGCGCCUUCGGCAAAUCCGCCAAGAAACUCACCUCCACCCCCGACACCAUCGUCAGACCCUCCCCAAAACUCGCCCACGCCUCCUCCACCAUCGUCCAACCCUCCGGUAAACUCAUCUCGACCACCGACAGCAAGCCCCCCGGGGAAUUCAUCUUCACCGCCAUCAUCUGUGCCACCACCGAGUAUUUCACCACCUCCGCCGGUGGCUGUGCCACCGCGAGGGUCAUCUACACCACCAGCAUCAGCACCGCCUGUAAAUUUGCCCGCCCCUGAGGCGCCUCAGAUGAGUACACCCACUUCUCAACCAAGUCCAUCUCCUCCAAAUUCCACCCCCAACUCAUCUCCGCCGCCACCCAUAAUUCGGAUGGCUCCACCUCCGUCCUCACUUUUGUCACCACCAGCUUCUCAAAAUUCCUCCCCACCAUCAGAAAGCGGAACAGAAAGUUCAAGCGCCGGUAAAAAUGAGGGCAUCAGUACGGGCGUUGCAGUGGCUAUUGGUGUGGCAGGGAUUAUAGCGCUUACCUUAAUUGGAAUGCUUAUCUGGUGCCUGAUAAGGAGGCAAAAGAAACGGGGGCCUGAGAGUGGUGGUUAUGUCAUGCCAUCCACUUCUGGUUCAUUACCCGAGUCAGAUUCAUCCUUUUUUAAGACACACUCUUCAGCUCCUUUUGUACAAAGUGGUUCCGGUAGUGACUCUGUAUACACACCAUCUGAGCCGGGUGGACUAGGCAACUCAAGGACAUGGUUUACAUACGAAGAACUAAUCAAAGCUACAAAUAAUUUUGCGCCUCAAAAUCUUUUGGGUGAGGGUGGAUUUGGUUCUGUAUACAAAGGAUGCCUACCAGAUGGGAGAGAGGUAGCAGUCAAACAGCUGAAAGCCGGGGGAGGUCAGGGUGAAAGGGAAUUCAAAGCUGAAGUGGAGAUUAUUAGUCGCAUUCAUCAUCGCCAUUUAGUCUCUUUGGUGGGAUACUGCAUUUUAGACAGCAGAAGGCUCCUCGUCUAUGAUUAUGUCCCCAACAAAACCCUAUAUCAUCAUCUUCAUGGGGAAGGUAUGCCGGUGUUGAGCUGGGAAAGACGUGUGAAGAUUGCUGCUGGUGCAGCUCGAGGAAUUGCUUACCUUCAUGAAGAUUGUAAUCCUCGGAUCAUUCACAGGGAUAUCAAGUCCUCAAACAUUCUUUUAGAUUACAACUUUGAUGCUCAAGUCUCAGAUUUUGGCCUAGCCAAAUUAACUCUUGAUACAGUUUCACACAUAAGCACUCGUGUCAUGGGAACAUUUGGAUAUGUUGCACCUGAAUAUGCAUCAAGUGGCAGAUUGAGUGAGAAAUCUGACGUAUUCUCUUUUGGGGUUGUCCUUCUGGAGCUCAUUACCGGACGAAAGCCUGUAGAUGCAUCUCAACCCUUGGGGGAUGAGAGCCUAGUUGAAUGGGCUCGACCUCUGCUGAGUCAUGCAAUUGAUAAUGAAGAAUUUGAAGGUUUAACAGAUCCUCGGCUUGAAAAAAACUAUGUUGAAAGUGAGAUGUUUCGCAUGAUUGAAAUUGCUGCAACUUGUGUGCGACAUUCGGCUGCCAAGAGACCUCGAAUGGGACAGGUUGUUAGAGCUUUUGAUAGCUUAAUAAAUUCAGAUUUGAACAACGGGAUGAGGCCAGGGGAAAGCGAAGCAUUUAACUCUGCACAGCAAUCUGCAGAAAUAAGAAUGUUUCGGAGGAUGGCAUUUGGCAGCCAAGAUUACAGCACAGACUUUUUUAGUCAGACAAGUUUGAAUUCAACAUAGAAGGCUAUGUACAUACUACAGAGUUAUUAUUCAUUUUGGACCAGUCUAUCUUGUCAAGAAAAGCCAAGGGUAGAGAUCCUUAGCUGAGUUUUGUUAGUUGCAGUGGCUCAGGCUGACAUGCUUCCCUGGAACUGACGGCAUCAGGUUCAAAACCUUGAUUCUUGUAAUAUUCCAUUUAUUCCCCCAUAGUAUUAGCUUUUCUUUUGUGGCAUUUCUUGUAUCUUUUGUAAUUAAAAAAAAAAUGUGCAAGUUGUUUGCUGACGCUCGCGAUAAGCUAAUAUAAA